AUGGGGAACUUGCUAUCAUUCGAUGAUGAAAACGAUGGUGAGCUUCCAAGUGCGAUGGCACGAGAACAGCUGCAGCAGCGACAGCGGGCACAGGUCCUGCUUCUGUCGCAGCUGAGACAGGAGACAGGCGGUCCAGCGGCCUUGGGGCUUCGUCCCAUGCAACAGCCCUCGCUGCGACAGACGCAGGUUUUCAAGAAUCCACUGCAUGUCCGCGCCAAGAGUGUACAGCUGAGCUGUGCUCAGAAUGAUGAAGUCGGACAGUGGCAGCUCAGCUUCAUCUUUGAUGCCCUCGUGUCCUGCGAGGUCCUGGUGCAUGUGGGCCGCUGCAGCGUGGAAGUGCGACAAAGUUUGCAUCCCGAAGGUGAGACUGGGACAGAUGUGGUGGUGUCCGAGACCAGUGGCGAAUAUCGUUGGGUCUCCAGGCCUGUCCAAUUCCGUGAAGGUCUCAACCAGGAGUUCCGUGGACCCAUCGAGCUCGGGGACUUCGUCGCCGAGGCACAGCCGGAGAAUGUUCUGGAUACCUUCAACGAAGGCUUGCGUCCUCGUACCCAAGGCUUUUGCAUCGAACUGAAAGCUGUGAAGUCAAGACGUAGUUCCGUGAGCCGGGACAGGCAGGUUCCAUCGCCGCAGCGCUCGCGGUCGCAGAGCACGGAGGCCCGUCCCGGCGACAAGCCACGACGACGGCCCAGUGAAGAUGAUCCAACGAUGGCCAGAAAUGAUGAUGCUAGCCAAGGAAGCCUCGCUGCCGAAUGGACCACGGGACGCUUCGUGCGCAGGGACUGUGGCCAGGUGAGUAUGGACAUGGCCGAAAACCCUGCAGAGGUCGUGGAGGCGAAGAUCCUGACGCAAUCGGUGAAACUUCCCGAUAACUCACUGGCACCAUGCUACUCCAUGUACGAGGUCUACGGCGCAGACCCUUCGGAGGGCAGCAAUGGAGCUGAAUGUGCCAUUUGCAUGUCCGAGCGUCGCGACACGGCAGUGCUGCCGUGCAGGUGGGAUGACGCCGCAGAAGCCACUUCGGGGCGCUUUGCCCAGCAUUUGAAGUACCAGGCGGAGGAGAGCUUCAGUUCUGGAGUGGUAGGUCCCUAUCUCUCCUGGCGCUUCUCCUAUCUCUUGGUGGGCACAUUCUUCGGCAUCCUCAGUGCACUCUUGGGGAUGCCGUGGCUGAUCAAUGCGGACUACGAAGCCUUCCUCGCACGCCAACUCCCAGCGGGCGUCCCGGUGGCGCGCUUCCGAACGCUGAUCCAAGUUCUGCAAGGCAUUGAUAUUGCUGCUUGGGCAAUUCUGGUGCUCUUGGCCAUAGGCCUUGCUCUGGGCGGCUUCUGGGCGAUGCCGAGCUGGGCGAUCUCCAAUGUGAGGUCCUCACGACGAGUGGUGUGGUGCACUUGGCUCAUCGGCUUUUUGCCUCCCUUCCUGCUCUUUUUGGUGUUGCCCUUGCGUGGCUUCGUCGAUUGGAAGGGCAUCUCUGCUGACGUGUGUGCCCAAUCGGUGGUCUCCACCUAUCGGAUGCCCGGAUCCCAACUGCACUUCACCUUGCAACUCCUGGAGAGAAACAAUGUUCUUGAGGAGUCCAUGAAGGGCCUGGUGGGAGAAACACCUCGUGACUGGUGCUUGGCCCAAGGACGUGACUGGCAUGAAAGCUUCUACAAUCGCUCAGUGCCAUGCGUUUGGCUGGUCGAGGACCGUUGCCGGAGUGAUUUCUGCGACCAGGUAGCAGAUGCCCAGAUGACCCAGUGCUUGACUGGCUGCUUGCGAAUGGCCAUCCAAAAUGCUCCUGCACAGCGGAAGCAAAUGAUCUUACAGGCCUUUGAGAACUGCGACGCCAAAGCAGCCAGUCAAUCCUACAGCGCUGCCCGUCUACAGGCUCAGAGUUCCGCGAUGGCGACGGACUACUCCACGAUGUCGGAGGCCGACAUCAUCAAUUCCAUGCUGCUCAUGCAACGCGUGACGAUCACCAGCUUUGCAGAGACCAUCACUUGGGCCAGUGUCCAAUCUGAAUACGCUGUGGGCGUUUUAGUGGCCAUGAUGGUUGGCCAAAACCUGAUCGCAUCCGCUCUGGGCUUGGCGAGUGGCUUAACGGAAGCGCUCUUGAACCUGAAGGCCAUGUUUCCUGGAAAUCAAAUCGGAGGAUGGCUCCUGAUCCUCACGACCUUCCAGGUCGUUCCGAUCUACAUGGUGAUCUUUGCAGUCUUUCAACAGCUUCUGGGGGAUGCCUUUGUGGCCAUUGCUGUCGUGGCUGCCACUUUCUAUUUGUCGGUUGGGAUGCACACCGGCUAUCGCAUCACCUCCACCAAGAGCGGUGAUGAAGGACGCUGGCAUUUCUACCGACUCAUUUGGGUGGAGUAUGGCCUCCGAGCUCUUUUUGGCUUGGCGCUUCUGGGGGCGAUGCUCAUCUGGGUCUUUCAGAAGAAUCUGCAGCAGUCCUUGCUGGACUAUAUCCGCGACGAUUUGCUGACGCCGCGAGCAUUGAUGUCCAUCGUUGCUGACUUCUUCACACGAAAGUCUCUGACAGCUGUGGCUGGCACCGAUGCCAUGGUCUCUGCGUUCGUUCAGACGGAGAGGUCGUUGUCCGGACAUUUGACGAUUUCGAUGUGCGGAAAAACACCACUUGGCGCAAGAAGACGCCCACACUCUGAGGACUUGGCGCUUGAAGCAGGAGCCCCGGGAGCCUUCCGCGGUGCGUUGUCUACUCCGGCACUGUUGAGUGCUGCUGUGAUUCGAUGUUUUUCCGCAGAGAGUCUUGUGUUUCAGGUGAUUUGUUGGAUUGGCAUAGGGAUUGGCAUCGAUGGUAGAAUCACUGGUAGAAGAUGGUAGAAGCAAAGAUGUUGAGCCAUCAAAACCAUCGGUCACUUGAAUGUACGAUUCAUGUGGUGUUCCGCGUGGUUCUCCGCAUGUGGUGUUCCACGUGCGAGGAUGCAGAGGCGUCUCAGGCGAUUGCAGCACAAGACUUGGAACGCCUCAUGGCCAAGCGCACCGCCCCAAAGGAGUAGCAUGGCAGCCGGGUCGGUCCGUGUGUGUAACGCUGCAAGGGUCCCGGAUCCUGUGUGGGUCUGAGACUCAGCGACUCUGUGAGACGGAGACUGAGUGGUUCAGUUCUUCUUCAGAUUCUUGAUCUCAUCAUUU